CCGACACGCCGCGUCAUUCAUUCUGGCACCUGCUGCUGCUGCUUGUCUUGAGCAUCGGCUUCUCGCUCGAGCUUUAUAAGCGACUGUCGCUGACUGAGAAUCUCAUCGAUCUGAAUCCGCCUUCUGCUCUCUGAAUCCGGGUUCCAGAGCAGAAUCCUCUCCUCUCCCCUCCCCUCACAACAGAAAAGUUGAUCACUUUCUUUUCGACAGCAUUGCCGCAUUUCCUGGUGGAUCUACUGAAGGUCGUACUCCUGAAAUUCCUGAAUCGAGCUGUAUACGCGAAGGAAAGUUAUGGCGAUGGGCCUGUUUGGGUCGCCCCGUUUGUUUCUGGCCUGUUCGAUUGCCGUCCUGCUUUUCGGUUCGUGUCUCGCCGCUUUCAACGAUGAGUUCACGAAGGUCUGGACACCGGAACACGUCGUCCCCGAUGACGCCUCGAAUGGAGUCAAGUUGAUGCUGACGGAGGUCGCAGGGGCUCAGUUCGCGACCAUCAAUUCGUACUUGUAUGGAUCUUUCAUCAUCAAGCUGAAGCUGAUCGCCGGUGAAUCUGCCGGAACAGUCUGCUCCUUCUAUCUCACUUCUUACGGCGCGAAUCACGACGAAAUCGACUUCGAGUUCCUUGGAAAUGAGACCGGCCAGCCUUACGUGCUGCACACCAAUGUUUUCGCCAACGGCGUGGGCAGCCGCGAGCAGCGCAUAUUCCUGUGGUUCGACCCGACCGCAGACUUCCACACAUACUCCGUUGUCUGGAAUCAUAAGCAAAUCACAUGGUUGGUGGACGAUACGCCAAUCCGUGUCUACAAGAACAUCGAAAGUGUGUUGCCCAAUUCGUACCCAACGAAGCAACCUCAGGUGGUGGCCAUGAGCAUUUUCGACGCCAGCACUUGGGCAACGCGAGGUGGGGCCGUGCCCGCCAAAUGGGAACACGCACCCUUUGAAGUGAAUUACAGAGAUUUCUCUUUCCAAGCCUGCAAGGUCCUCAACAACGACGUUAACUCCUGCACUCGGAAUUACGAAGGAAACUGGUGGGAGAGCGCUGAAAACCAGUCCCUGAAUCCGACCCGCGCGAGUCAGCUCAAGAAUGUGCACCAAAACUAUAUGGUGUACGACUACUGCACAGAUCGGACCAGAUACCCGACCGCUCCGGUGGAAUGCAGCUACAACUCUCUGUGAAUGUCGUUGGCCGACGAAUGAUUGAAGCAGAGUAGAGUAGAAUUGAUAAUUUUCAAGCGAGACGCACAUUAGUCUCUAAGAUUCUUUGGCAGAGGACGAAUUUUCAAGUCCGAUGUCCUUAUUAAACCGUGUAGAUUUGGUUUCGUAGUUCUCGACAUUACUGCGAUGAUAUUAUAGUUUAGACUGAGAGUAAAAAAAUUCUCCGUGGGGGGAUUUGAAAGUGUACGUUUAGCUGAUUGUGACAUGAGCAUUGUGACAUUGUGACGUGAGCAUUCGAUAAUCGAGCAAUAAAAGUGUGGACGGCUGAUCAAGAGUUCAGCUUGGUUACCCCCAUCCAAGUCUUGAACCCC